UGCCUCGGCUUAAAUGUCACAAUUGCGAGCAGACCUUUACUAGGAAAGCAAAACUUAAGAAACAUGUGGAAGAAAUGCACGCUCAAGAUAAGUCCCUGUAAUACAGAGCGAUCGCCAAAUCAGUGUCCAAAAUGCCAUUCCGAUGACGAGCAGGAUGGUGAUGGUACCGCUAAACUGCGCAACUUAGAACAACACAUGCGAACCGAACACGAAACAUCAUCUCACCGGUGCGACAUUUGCGGGAAAAUCUUUAGACAUAGGAAGUCACUCAAAAGACAUACCAAAAUGCAUACCGGCGUACGGACGUUCUGUUGCGAAAUAUGUGGCAAAGGCUUUGCAUGCCAAACCUAUCUGAACAGGCAUACGAGAGUGCAUACUGGAAUUCACAACUACAAGUGCGAUGUUUGUAGCAAAGGAUACAGUUCAAAGUCUAAGUUUAUGGACCAUGUCAGAUCCCAUACAGGCGAGCGCCCGUAUGUAUGUGACAUAUGUGGAAAAUGUUUCGCUACCCAGCCCAUUCUGAGACGUCAUACGUUAGGACAUUUAGCAAAUCGCACGCACAACUGUGACGUUUGUGACAAAGGAUUUACUACAAGAGACGUCCUCGUGCGUCACAAGAAAUCCCAUAGUAUCGAACGCCCACACAAAUGUGACAUAUGUGGAAAAAGUUUCAAAAAUGACUAUUCGUUGCGGUAUCACAGUGGAGUGCAUAUGAGUGCAUAUGAACAUCCUUUCAAAUGUGACAUUUGUAGCAAGAAAUUUGCUUUUCUUAAGCAGUUCAAUGACCAUCUGAAAUAUCAUAGUGACGCACGUCCGCAUCGAUGUAAUGUUUGCGCCAAAGAGUUCAGACUUAAAUCUUUUCUCGUCACACACAUGCGAAUUCAUACUGGUGAACGGCCAUACAAAUGUGAAGUUUGCGGUUCGUCGUUCAAGACUUCUGAUGGCCUGGUAAAGCACAUGCAAAUUCACUCAAACCUAGCAUCAAACCUGUUGGAAUGUGACAUAUGCGGAGCAAAGUUCAGCCGACGAACACAUCUUAGCGCUCACAGUAAGGUUCAUCGGCAAACACCGUUUCACGAAUGUCCUAAUUGUGACAAACAAUUUCUCACCACUAGAGAGCUGGAUAGGCAUAGAGUUACCGUUCACAAUGAUCGACCGUACAAAUGUUCGAUCUGCGACAAAAGCGUCACCACCAUGUCCAACUUACGGCAACAUCUGAAAGUUCAUACUGGCGUGAUUCGAGUCAAAUGUCACAUUUGCGAGCAGAGUUUUACAAAGAAUUCAAACCUCACUAAACAUGUAAAAGAAAUGCAUGCUCAAGAUAAAUGUAAUGUAAAGCGACCACAUCAGCGUCUAAAAUGCUAAAUUCUCCACAACGAA